AGGCUCUACAAGAAUGUUGACAGGGACCUGUUUCAUCACCCCUAAUCCCAAGAACCCUUGGCCCCAGCCACCUGCAGCCAAAGCACUAACAGGGACAGAACCUUUGAUCCACAUCCCACACAGCAAUAGGGCUGUCACUGUAGCUGCCACUUUUUUAUACUAUGUAGAGAAAAGACCUGUUAGAGAGUCGAGGUCCCAAGCAGCUAAUGUCUCUGUCACAUGGGAAUGGGUACUUGAUGGCAGAGAGAAGCUUGAGGUUGGCUGCCUUUCAGCUACACUUCUCACUCGGGUGCACCCCCUUCCACUCAGCAUGCCAUGUCUCGAACACUGGGUGUUAUUUACCAUGCUGGAUGCCAGCUCAGCAGCCCCUCACCUGUCUCUAUUACCCUCACAGCUGGUCUCUCUGACCACCAGUGUGGUAGGGGGAGGGCAGAUGCUGAUGCUGGAAGCUGAUCUAGAGAAAGAGACGCACAGACAGGGUGGCUGGGACAGGGCCUGGUACCCAGGUGCUGGGAUCUGGCUUGCAGUCUGGCCCAGUUCAGAGGAAGUUGCAGAGCCCAGGGGUGAGGGGUGCUGUAGCCCUGGAUUGUCUCAGGGUCCCAAUCCCAGGGCAGGGUGUGCUUGGAAGCAAGAGCUGCUGUGGAAACCCAGCUUCAGUCUGCAGGUCCCAAGUCCCCCCAGUUCCUCACUUCAGCGGGGCUCCCUCACUGCCCAGAACCCACCUUACUGCAUGGGCCUUGCUGAUCACACAGAUGACCCAGACCCCAAGAGCAGAGGCUCAGCUGACUGGGGACCCACAGGGACAGCACUGUGGCCACAGCCCCCAGGCCUCAGAGAGGACACCUUGGCACUGCCAGGGGCUGUGGUCACUGGGUGGGUGCCAGAGCCUGCAGCUGGAGCUGGGCUGCAUCUCCAGGUCUGGUUCAAGAGGGUCAGGAAGCCUCUUCACCUGCGGUUUCACUGGCCCUUUGAGAUUUCCUCUCUCAACAUCACCUCAGAGGACCAAGGAGGAAACACAAGAAUUAAGACUAUACCAGUGUUCUGCCUCCAGCCACACCACUUCCUCCUCCAGGCGCAGCUACAGCUCCAGGGUUUAAGCCAGCCAUGCCUCCCAGACAGCAUAACCAACUCGACAGGGGUGCCCAGGUUCACUGGGAACUGAAGAAAGGUGCUCCUUCCCCUACCCCCUGGAGCCCUCUCACCUAGCCUUAGAAGUCUCAGGAAGAUGGACCAUUUGCCUGCUGGGGUUAAUUCACAGUGGGAGGCUUGGCUGUGGUCACGGCAACGGAGCCUGUAGGAAGCCUUCUUGUGUGAGUGGGAGUUAGACUGAGCACAGGCUUGGGUCUACUGCUCCCCAGCCUCCCAGCCACCAGCCGGGCACUCCAGGGGAUCAACUUGCUCAAGUGUGUCUCUAAGAACGGCCCUGAGCAUCACCACCCCCAAUUCCAUCAAGUGCAUUUCUAGAAUCAGAGCGAAUUUCCUUAUUUAUUAUCACCCUUGCCUUUCCCCUCUUCAUCCUGAUCCCACUGUGCUUUGAAGAGACCCCAGCAACUAAAAACCAUCCUCCAGAAGCCAAGACCAAGCCUGGAUCUCCCUCAGCUUCCCCUCUGCUUCUGGGAGAAAGUUCGCUGUAAAAAUACCCUUCUGGCUUCUUGUUUAUACGGAGACUAUAGAACUCAGUGGGGAAACAGCAAUCUUUUGUGCACCAAAGCUGCUUCUGAAGCAGAAAGCAGUGGGGCUCUUGGUGUUUCAUGCUGCCUUAUUUAUAUUAAAGGAAGAAUUAAAUCUUGCAAGGAGUA